AUGAACUCCUAUUUUGAAGCAAAUAGGUUGAUUGAGGAGCUUUCACUGACGGUACCAACAGAGCGGUGGCUUCAAAUCGUCAAAAUGAUUGAAAACCGAGAUCUUGACGGUCUCAACCAAUUGAGAAACUCGAUAAAAAAGGCGUCUUCAACAACCUUAUCUCUAGAUCCAGACGCUUCGAACUCUAAAAAAGAAUUCCAGGGAACUCGUGGAACUCCGUUUUCAACUGCAUCAACUACAAUGAUUGAGAAAACAAAGGAAGGUAGACAUCAAAUAACCUCGGAUGUGGAACAGACUUCAAUCAUUAAUUUCUCUACCACUCCGUUGUUCUUCAAAGUGGUUGCCAUGACAAUUAUCAUCACGUUCAUCAUUGUUCUUCUCAUUCUUUUUGUCUUGGCGUUCAAAUUCAUGUCCAGCUAUCCAGCAGUUCGACGAGAUGUCAAGCCAACAUUGGUCGGAUCAAUCAAAGUUGCCACAGUUGAUCUGAAAAAUCCACGUAUCCUUGCUGACAGAGAGUUCACUACUCUUAUUUUUCAUUCGGUAUGUGCACUUUUAAAACGUGAUCAAAAAUAUCAAUCUGUUUACUGGCUGAUUAAUGAAUUCUACUUCUCUAUAAAAUGUUUAUACAAUAAAAAUAAUUUUCUAGUUGCCGUGAAACCAGUAUUUGAUAAGCUCCUUUGUUAA